AUUUGUAGUCUAAAUGCAACUCGGCAAGAACUCGUUCAAACCACGACGAAGCUUUUAAACAAAGAUUUUGUUCUUAAAAAAUUCCAUCUUCUUAUCUUUCUUCUCCGUUAUUAAUAUUAUUUUUCAAGAUUUAGAAUGGAGAAAAUGGAAGUGGCCGACUGCAACGUGUUACCAGAAGGUUGUAUAGCCACGAUUCUCUCCUUCACCACUCCACGAGAUGCUUGCAGAUCAGCCAUGGCGUCCGAAGUCUUCAGGUCGGCCGCGGAGUCCGAUAUAGUUUGGGAGAGGUUUCUGCCGCCAGAUUGUAACGAACUUCUCUCCAGGUUGGUGACUCCUCUCGAGUUCUCUUCCAAGAAGGAGCUUUUUCUCCAGCUCUGCAACUCGGUUCUCAUCGACGGUGGCAAAAAGAGCUUCAAAUUAGAAAAGUCAUCUGGGAAGAAAUCCUUCACACUGUCUGCUAGAGAGCUUUCAAUCACAUGGAGCAACAAUCCAAUGUACUGGAGCUGGGUACCCACAAACGAAUCAAGGUUCACAGAAACAGCAGUGCUCAGAACAACAUGGUGGCUGGAGAUUCACGGAAAGAUAAACACUAAAAUUCUAUCACCAAACACGACCUACGGAGCUUACCUCAUAAUGAGAAUCACAAAAAGGAAAUACGGGCUCGACACGAAACCAUCGGAGAUCUCAGUCGAAGUGGGCGACCGGAAAUCCACCGGCAUUGCGUAUCUGCUCGGAAAACGCAGCGGUGAAGAUGGAGAUGAAGAUGAUAAUUCCAACGAAGUGGAAGAAUCAAAAGCGAUAUUUCCAAAGGAAAGAGUAGAUGGGUGGAUGGAGAUUGAGCUUGGCGAGUUCUUCAAUGGCGGAGGAUUGGACCAGGAGGUGAACAUGAGUUUGACGGAAGUCAGAGGGUAUCGACUCAAAGCUGGGGUUGUAAUUGAAGGCAUUGAAGUUAGGCCAAAACAUUAA